AAUUUGAGUUCCGCCACCAUCAUUCCUCAGAGGAAGAAAAAAAAUGUUACUUUAUUCCCUCGUCUCUCGAGUCUUGAGUCUCUUGAUCCAUUUGAUCUCAGUUUAAUUUAACCUUUUUGGCUUUUUGGGUUUUUGCACAGCUCACUAGUCACUCCUCGCACCUCACUCAGGCUUUUGAAACCUAGGGUUUAAUUUCUUUGGUUAUCCGAGUUCAAUGGAAGUUUCAGGUGUUGAACUGCAACCUGAGGUGGACGCCACCUCGGAUGCUCCCGAACACUGUCAGGAAAGCAAUCAAAAGGAAAAAGGAGAAGGAACCUCCUUAGUUCAGCAGUCUAGACGGCCAAACCUAUCGUCUUUGCAGAUACCUGUAAGGUCUCUUGAAAAUACAUCCUCUGCUUUUGCAAGGAUAGAAAUUUCCUCAGCCCCGAGUCCUACUUCCACUAAAGCAGGAUUGCCGCCUAGACCACCUUCAGCUAAAUUCAAAUCAUCCAUGAGAAAUCUGCUUCCCCAAAGAAGCUUGAGGGCAAAAAAUUUGUCUGAGGAUGGGGAAAAGACAGUUCUUAUCAUCCCAGACACACCAUCAUCGGAUGGUCCUUUGGAUAAGCCUACUACUUCAAGGUCAUUUUCUCUCAACAAGGUUCUUUUCCCUUCAGUAAAAGCAACAUAUUCUUUACCAGCUACACCAAUUGCAAGUUCAGGUUCUGAGUCCCUGCAGGAAAAGAAUCUGGAUGGUGAAUCUGAUUUUUCUAAGGUAGAAGUUCAGCAUCAUAUGACACGCUCAUUGUCAGUUCCUGUAAAUGUUAAAGCCAGAAGUUUAAGGCGGAUGGACUCUACAGGAGGUUUGAUCCGUGUGAUAUCAGCAACCCCUCGUCCAGUGGCAGUUGAUGGUGCCUCACAAGAUGAUGCCCCAGUAACAGAAAUUGUGAGUGGAGAUGAUGGGGAAGAUAUUCCCGAGGAAGAAGCAGUUUGCAGGAUUUGUUUCAUUGAGCUUGGGGAAGGAGGUGAUACUCUUAAGUUGGAGUGUAGCUGUAAAGGUGAACUUGCACUUGCUCACCAAGACUGUGCUGUAAAGUGGUUUAGCAUUAAAGGAAACAAGACAUGCGAUGUCUGCAAGCAGGAUGUCCAGAACCUUCCAGUAACAUUACUGAAAAUACAAAAUCCUCAGACUGUUGUUAGACGGCCAGCAACUCUACCACAGCAGAGAGAAGAGACUCGAUACAGGGUCUGGCAGGAUGUUCCAGUUCUAGUCAUGGUCAGCAUGCUUGCAUAUUUCUGCUUCUUAGAGCAAUUACUGGUAACUAACCUGGGUCCUCGUGCUCUUGCCAUUUCUUUGCCCUUCUCAUGUGUUUUAGGUCUUCUUUCGUCCAUGAUAGCUUCCACCAUGGUGAGCAAGAGUUACAUAUGGGCUUAUGCUUCAUUCCAGUUUGCAAUUGUGAUCCUAUUUGCUCAUAUCUUCUAUACUAUUCUCAACGUAAACCCAAUUCUUUCAGUUCUCCUUUCCUCAUUCACUGGGUUUGGAAUUGCAAUAAGCACAAAUUCGCUUCUAGUAGAGUACCUGAGAUGGAGAGCAAGCAGGCAGGUGCGAUCUUCCGAUCAAAAUAACAGAGGUGUGCAACAACCACAACGGCACCAUCACCACCACCACCACCACCACCAGUGGCAGCAGCAGCAGCAACAACAACAACAACAACAUCAACACCAAUUACAAGACCUAAUACAAGAAUCCAAUACUGGGCCUACAGAGAGUUCCAGGCAAGAAGAAAACAGGAUUCAGAACACUUGAUUGACAAGGAUAAGAGGAAAUUUUUGUAACCAUUACAGAUGAAAAUGUUAAUUAAUUCUUCAGCAUACACACCUUCAACAAGUAGUUGAACCGAAGGAAACCAAGGGAUUGAAUAGAAACAAGAGGUCACUGAGUAUGCAACAGUUCCCAAGUGUGAAUAUAUAUGUAGCAGAAAUCGUAGAUUCUGGAAACAAGUUCUUGAGCUGGGUUUCUGAUGUUUUCAUAUCAGUUAUCAAGAAUGAUGCAGAAGAAAUUUCAGAUUUUGGAACAACCAAUCUUGUUGAGUUUGUGUUGUGAGUGGGUUUUCCUUUUUAUGCUCUCAUAUCAAAAGACUGUUGCCUUAACAUUUUCUAAAGGGCCACUGCUUCAUGGCAUAAUGUGGAUGCUAUUUCCCGGUUUCAAGUGCUUUCCAGCUUCAAAAUUAUUAGCAUGACACCAAUUUUUUUGGUUCUUGUCACUGAUAUGAUGCCAUUUUAAAUUAAUGCUUUGAAUAAAUUUUCAAUAGUUGUGAUAA